AUGGGGAUCCCGCCGCCGCCGUCGGGCGGUGGAGCCGCCCAUGCAUCACUGAUCAAGUACGACACCCCCUCUCUGCUCACGACUCGCGAUGCCAAGCCCGCCAAGUUUGCAAAGGCCGGAUCCGGCAAGAAGCUUCCGCCGGUCGAGUCAAAGAUGCCGCAGACUGAGGAUAUCCUCAACGCGAUCCUGCCGCCGCGCGAGUGGACGGAUGAGGGCAAGCUCUGGGUGCAGUACGUCUCGCCCACGCCCGCGACCCGCCUCGACGUCAUCAACACGCAGGAGACAUUGGACCAGCGGCUACUCGCGCGCCAGGCGCGUGAGACUGGCAUCUGCCCCGUGAGGGAAGAGCUCUACGGGCAGUGCUUUGACGAGCUGAUCCGGCAAGUGACUGUCAACUGCGCGGAGCGCGGCCUGCUGCUGCUGCGCGUGCGAGACGAGAUCCGCAUGACGAUCGCUGCCUAUCAGACGCUGUACGAGUCGUCAAUCGCCUUUGGGAUGCGCAAGGCACCUCAUUGCAGAGAAGCGGGCCCGCGAUCGGCGUUGCAGGCGGAGCAGGGCAAAGCGGACCUGGAGGCGCGCGUCGAGCAGUUGGAGGAGGAGAAGCGGGGACUCGAGGAGCAGGCGUGCCUUUGGACAGAGAGUCCGAGGGGGCGGUUCGCUGGCUUGUGUGACUCUCAUGCCAAGGCGGAGGCGAUCGAGAAGCGGGAGGGCGAGAAGCGGGCCCAGAAGGAGGCCAAGCACGCCGAGGAGGUCGCUUACCUCAAAAAGACAAACGCGCAGCUGAAAAAGGAGCUGGAGGCGUUCCUGGCGCCGACGAAAAAGUAG